AUGACACUCCCUAGUGACCUCAGGUAUUACGGGGAGUUUCACCAAAAUCAACCUGUCACAGGCUGGGAUAAAGAAGAGAUGGCCAAACUUGAGUCAGAUGUAGAGAAAAAUGGCAAACAUAUGCUGAAGUGGGUAGCCGAGAAGAGAGUAUACGAUGAUAUAUACGCCAUGCGCCCAGGAUUGAUACACGACAAUAUUGUCGGCUCACCAGGCACGGUCUACUCUGGCUGCCAUGCUGAAAUCUCCGGCAAACCCCGCCUAACACUAGCUGUUCUUGUCGGCAUGAACGCCAAGGCGGCACACAAGUUGGUAGCGACAAUAGCGGCUCACUCCAGCAGGAUACCGGUUACACUCUUUCUGUAUGGAGACUUCGUGGAAGCGUUUCCUCAACUGGUGAAAGAAUGGUCUAAAACUUUCACAAUAGGCAUGCGCGAGAGCCAACCAUUUCCGCUUGGAGACUUCACGCAACAGCUAUUGGGCUGGAUCCGGGUUGGUCUGGUCAGUGCAAUACAGCGACUGAGUGAAGUGGGCCUACAACCAGCCUAUUACUGCCCCGAAAACGUAACAGACACGUUGAUAAAAGUAGCCAAGUCUCAGGGUCUGAGGAUCAUCCAACCGACAGCUCGUUUCCCCCCAACCGAUGAGCCAUGGCGUCUAUCUUUUGAAAACUACUACAAAAACAUAGAUGUAGAUAGGAUUCCCAAAGCGCUCCGCGUCAUCGCCAAACAACUGGACAACAAGGGAGGCAUCGUUACUCUGGACUCGGACCACCCGGACAGUUACAUGAUCUCCGUCUUCCUCAUGGACUAUCUGGUUCAGACAUCUGGUUACAAUCUAGUUAGUAUUGCCGAGUGUCUAAAGUAGCCUUAUUAACUAUAGCUGCUAAAUCUAGAAAAGAAAAUGAAUUUCUUGUUAUAUUUCAUUUAUACUGGUCAAUCAUAUUGGUUACAAUGGGAUGACUUUAUUUUAUCACCCCAUUUACAUGAAAUCAUACAAAAUCAUCAAUUAUGUGCUUGUAGAAGUGAUUUCCAUUUUACAUUAACCCCCAAACUAUCAAACUUUUAACAACCUAUAUGACCGAACAGGGUAAAACAUUGAACCCAAUAAUAUGUCCCAAAAUAUUUUUUCUUUGCAUUUUUGGUGAUCUUUUCAUAUACAUUGCAUUAUUGUAGAGUCCAUUUCACGUCACCGCGCGGGUGUAUUCUCCCAUUGUUUCGAUUUUUUCAAAUGUUUGCAAGCAUUUCUAAAAGAAUUACAUGGUUUUUAAACAUUUCGAACUUGGUUUUAACUUUGUUAACAGUUUUCCCUAAUCAUAAAACGUUCGAAACAUUCUAAAAGCCAUGUACGAUGUUUUGAAAGAAUUCUAAGAAAAGAAUUCGCGUGAAUACCAUUUUUUCGAAAAGUUUUGAAAUGUUUGUAAUUGGCUAAAUGAUCUGUGAAAAAACUAAUCCCCUCUAGCCGACUGCAGCCCAAAUAUAGAAAGGACAGGGGGCAUCCCGUGGCGAUUCUGACAGCCCGACCCUUUAGCGACCAGCGAUAAUGUAAACAAUCACUCCACCAAACGGCCGCGUGAAAAAUCAACUCCAGUACGCGGAACUUGCUCUCGAAAAUUUAUCAAGCCGCUACGCUUCCCCCGCGGCUGCCUUCCCUCCCAACUUCUCCAACACUACUUCAAAUCACGUCAAAAUACAUCAAGACAUGUACAGAAGCGUGUUCAUAUCUUUCAUGCUACAGUUAAAACCAAGACCCUCCUUGAGUUAACGUUAAAAACACGAGACAAAAUUUCAAAAUAAAUCGCAAUCAGCAAGAUUUCAUUCCUGUCUCAUUCAUUAAAAGUUCUCGUCGAUUGUAAAAUGAUCACUCAUCUGUUGUCUCCACUAGUGUGUCAUUUGUAGCGUAAUCACGGCGUGCCAAAAAAAUCAGUCAAAACUAAGAAAAUC